AUGGACUGGGAUGGACUGGGAAGGGGACUGGGGUUACUGGGACCACUGGGGGGUUACUGGUCUCACUGGGAGCCGUUACUGGUUUCACUGGGAGCCCUUACUGGUUUCACUGCGGGGUUACUGGUCUCACUGGGGGGUUACUGGUUUCACUGGGGGGUUACUGGGAGCACUGGGAGCCGUUACUGGUUUCACUGGGAGCCCUUACUGGUCUCACUGGUGUCCCUGGGCGCAGGCGAUGGAACCCCCAUCGAUUACAUCACCGUCGAUGAUGACGUCACCGAUUACGUCACCGAUUACGUCACCGCGACCCCCGGGGCUGAAAAAUGGACCGGUACCACCAGUAAAACCAGUACCACCAGUACCACCAGUAACACCAGUAACACCAGUACCACCAGUAACACCAGUACCACCAGUAAAACCAGUAACACCAGUAACACCAGUAUAACCAGUACCAGUGACACCGGUACCAGUACCACCAGUACAACCAGUACCACCAGUACAACCAGUACCAGUACCACCAGUACAACCGGUACCAGUGACACCGGUACAACCAGUACCACCAGUACAACCGGUACCAGUACCACCAGUACAACCGGUACCAGUGACAGCAGGACCACCAGUGACGCCUCUGCUACCGGUGGAACCAGUAACACCAGUAACACCAGUAACACCAGUACCACCAGUAUGAGGGCUACCGGUACCACUGACACUGGUACCACCAGUACCACCAGUACCGGUGACUCCAGUACCACCAGUACCACCAGUACCAGUGACUGCAGUGCUACCGGUACCACCAGUACCACUGGUACCAGUACCACCAGUACCACCGGUACCACCGGUACCACCGGUACCAGAGCCAUCAGUACCAGUAACACCAGUGCAACCGGUACCAGUGAUUCCAGUACCACCAGUGACACCGGUACCACCAGCACCAGAACCACCGGUACCACCGGUCCCAGUGACACCAGUGCCACCAGUACCAACAGCACCAGUACCACCAGUGACACCAGUACCACUGGCACCAGCACCACCGGUGUCACCGGUCCCACCACUACCAGUGACACCAGUACCACCAGUACCAGUGACACCAGUACAACCGGUACCGGUGACUCCAGUACCACCAGUACCGGUGCCACCAGUGCCACCUGUCCCGGUGUCCCCGGUGGUAUCCGCUGGCCGCCCGCCGUUUGCUCCGCGCUCUUUCCGCCUGUUGCUCCGCCUGUUCUGGGUACCCCGUUCCGCGUCCGC